GGUGCUGCUCUGAUCAGGAUGCUGGCUAACGUCAUGGGGCAACAGGUGUUCCAGAGAGGACUCAAUGAUUACUUGAUGACACACAUGUACAGCAACGCGGGCAGAGACGACUUGUGGAACAAACUGACUGAGGCCAUGCAGAAGGAGGGGAAGGACAUCAACAUUAAGGAGGUGAUGGACUGCUGGACCCUCCAGAUGGGUUAUCCUGUUGUGACCAUCAGUAAGAACUACAGUCUGGACCGCAGCGUCACCAUCACACAGGAACACUUUGUCUACGACAGGGAUGCCAAGUUCAGAGACCCUGACCUUUUCAACAGAAGUCUACAGUGGCAGAUUCCUCUGACUUUAGCAGUGGGGAAUUCGACUUACAAAUCAUCAGAAGUCAUCCUCUGGAUCUCCAAUAAAACAGAAACACACAAAGUGGGCCGGAUGGACGAUGACAUGUGGUUGCUAGGCAACAUCAACCAGACUGGGUACUUCCGGGUGAACUACGACCUCCACAACUGGAGGCUCCUCAUUGGACAGCUGAUGACCAACGCUGAGAUCAUCUCUGUCGGCAACAGGGCGGGGCUCAUCGAUGAUGUCUUCAAUCUGGCCAGGGCUGGCUACCUGCCCCAGAAUGUGCCCCUCCAGAUCAUCUGCUACCUGCCCCAGGAGAGAGAGUUCCUCCCCUGGCACGCUGCCAGCCGCUCCCUCUACCAGCUGGACAAGCUGCUGGACCGCACAGAGGACUACAGUCUCUUCAGUGACUUCGUGCUGAAGCAAGUGGCCUCAAAGUACCACAAGAUGGGCUGGCCCUUGGCUCUGACAGAAGGCUCCAUCAUACAGGCCUCCUACCAGACUGAAGAGCUGCAGAGAGAGGUGAUCAUGCUGGCAUGUAGUUUCGGGAACAAGCACUGUCACCGCCAAGCCGUGUCGCUCAUCUCUGAUUGGAUCUCCAGCAACAAGAACAGGAUCCCUCCCAACGUGCGUGACAUAGUGUACUGUACAGGCGUGUCUCUGAUGGAUGAGGACGUGUGGGAGUUUAUCUGGAUGAAGUUCCACUCCACAACAGCCAUCUCAGAGAAGAAGGUUCUCCUGGAGGCUCUCACCUGCAGCGACAAUGGCUUCCUGCUCAACCGGCUGCUGAAUCUUUCUCUGAGCUCAGAUUUGGUCCCAGAUCAGAUGUCAUUGUCAUCAACGUCAGGAUUACUGCUGGACAUCUUGACAUUACCCAGAGACAAUAUGUGUGACUUGUACUAA